CCUUUAUUUUUUAUACAAGUUAUAAGCGAAGUCGAUCAUUCUUUCUUUCUUUCAUGAAGGGCAAGCUCCUUCCAUCGAAGUAAACAUCAAAGUAACAGGCAGGUUUUCAACGGUGAAUGAAGAUUUUGAAAGAUUUGGAGGGAUCUGCAUCUCGUCCUCUUUCUUCCCCUUCCCUUCGCCGAUGGCUUCCUCCGCUCCUGCUCCGCUGCCUUCGCUGCCCCUCUCCACCCCAGUUCCCGCCGGAUCCGAACCAGCCGCCGCCCCUGCCGUCCGCGUCUUCCUCUCGCGCCUCAACGACUCCGUCCGCCGCUCCCUCUCCGAUCGCCGCCCCUGGUCCGAGCUCGCCGAUCGGUCCACCUUCUCCCGCCCGGAGUCCUUCUCCGAAGCCACCUCCCGACUUCGCAAGAACCUGGCCUACUUCCGCGUCAACUACGCCGCGGUGAUCGCUGUCGUCCUCGCCGUCUCCCUCGUCACCAACCCUUUCUCCCUCCUUGUCCUCCUCUCGCUCCUCGUCGCCUGGUGCCUGCUGUACCUCUUCCGCCCCUCCGAUCCGCCCCUGGUCCUCUUCGGCCGCACCUUCACCGACCGCGAGACCCUCGGCGGCCUCGUCCUCCUCUCGGUCCUCGUCAUCUUCCUCACGUCCGUUGGAUCCGUCAUCGUCUCCGCCCUCGUGGCUGGCGCCGGCAUAGUCGCCGCCCACGGGGCCUUCCGCGUCCCGGAGGAUCUGUUCCUCGACGAGCAGGAGCCCGGAAGCGCCACCGGGCUGUUGUCCUUCCUCGGCGGAGCCGCCUCGUCCGCCGCCUCGGCAGCCGUCCCCGUACGCGUCUGAUCCCCAGAUCUGAUGGGUUCUGCUUUCCACCAUGGCGGUUAGAUCAUGUCACCCUUGUCAUUCAAUCACUUUAUAUGGUUUCAAAAAUCAUUUUUAGGUAAAAUUUUUCAUUUUGGAUGCUUAUAUAUGUAUUUAAUUAUUUAACAAAUAAUUCGAUACCUUCGAUGUAUACUUCAACUGUUCCAAACUCUAUUUUGAACCUAAUGUCUUAUUUUUUGCGAUCAAUCUUCUUGUUUUUUUUUUUAGCCACAUAGAUUGAUCAUUGCUGAUCAUGUACGCAUGGUUGAGCUACUUCGCGUCAUUCUUUUUGUAUUUGGAUGAUGAUUCUUGCAAAUUCCUUCAUGGAUUGCUCGGACAAUACUUUUCGAUGCUUCAAUCGCUUCUACAUAUUAUGCAUUCUUUCCCCCAAGAACUGUGUCCUUCCUCACUUGUGCUCCCUCAUCGAGAUCGAGCUGUCAGACAAUCUGAGAAAUUAUCUGAGCUUAUGAUUCCUCCUGAUCUCUGGUUGAGCAAUUUUUUACUCGAGUAACUUUCAAGUAUAGCGAUAAGACUCCGACUAGCGAUUUGUUGAGUGCGCGUUUGUCCUCGAAUCGCUUAGGGACUUGGAUAUUCCCAUGGCCGCCACCGACGGUGAUGAGAUAGCUGCUGAGGAGGUGGUCUCUCCUGCUCUAUUUUGGGAUAGGAAGCCAAAAUUUUAAAACUUGACGGAAGAGAUGAGCUCACUUUAUGUAGAAUUAGGCAGAAAUUUCAAUCCUAUCUUACCCUUCUUGUCUCUGUUGCUUAGAGGAAUAUAUAAUAUAAUUAAAUUUUGAAUUUCAAAA